AGUGUUGUAUUGAAAACAUUGAUUCAAUCAUUCAAUGAUUAAGACAUGAUUUGAGAGUCAUUUUACUGCUGAAGACAACACAUCUGACCAUUUGGUGCUUUGAAUCGGUUGUCAACUAUGUCUUUGUCUUCAUCUGCAGACAUAAUGUCCGCCAAAAGAAAUAGAAGUAAAGAUGAAGAUGAAAGCAAUUCAUCCAAACGACUCAAACCCGAUAAUAGUUUGAAUAAAUCUGACGAUAGCUUUGAAAAAACAAAUUCAAUACCGAAAGGCUUUUUUGAUGAUCCAGUUAUGGACGCAAAAGCACGUAAAGUAGUGUUUAAGGAUCCUAUAGAUGAACAAUGGGAACAAUUUCAGAAAGUGAUUGCUGAAGAAACUCAUGUUUCCCAAAAUAUUAUCGAAGAAGAUAUCGAAGAAUUACAAAUUGAUAGAAAUAUUGAAGAAAUUGAAGAACAGAUCGCAAAUUGGCAUAAAGUUAACGAAAUGCAGAAAAGAGCCGAACAAAUACAUAAUCAUUUGAUUGAUAAUAAAGACAACAUUAAACGAGAAGAAGUCACUGAUUCUGAUUCAGAUAUCGAUGAACAAGAACUCAAUGUUUUUUCUAAUUGGAGGUCAAGGAAAGCUCUUAAUCACAAUUAAGAAA